AGACGCUGGAGGCUCGAGCUAAGCGGACGGGUCGCUCUGGCUCUCCGGGGAGAGGAGCUUCCCGGCCCUGGAGAAGGGGCGAGUCCCCCGCGAGCCCCCGGGAGGCGCCGCGAGCUCGAGAGGGAAGGUCGGGCGCCCCCGGCCCUCUGAGGGCUUGGCGCCCGGCUCCCCUCCUUUCCACCUCGCGAGGGAGGGAGAGAGGGAGGGAAGGAGGGGAGGGAAGGUCCGGCGGGGGACGCAGAAUGGCUGGUCGAGGGGGGCUUGGGCUCCGCUUUUCCCAGGAGCUGCCUCCACUCCUGCGGCCGCCGCGAGGGCUGGCCUGAACGAGGGCUCCCCGCUCUCCCGCUGCGAGACCGCGCAGUCCCUGGGCUGGGACAGCGGCCCCGGCAUGUCGUCCGGCACCAUGAAGUUCAAUGGCUACUUGAGGGUCCGCAUUGGCGAGGCCGUGGGGCUGCAGCCCACCCGCUGGUCCCUGCGCCACUCGCUCUUCAAGAAGGGCUAUCAGCUGCUGGACCCCUACCUGACGGUGAGCGUGGACCAGGUACGCGUGGGCCAGACGAGCACCAAGCAGAAGACCAACAAACCCACGUACAACGAGGAAUUCUGCGCCAACGUCACCGACGGUGGCCACCUCGAGCUGGCUGUCUUCCACGAGACGCCCCUGGGCUACGACCACUUUGUGGCCAACUGCACCCUGCAGUUCCAGGAGCUGCUGCGCACGGCCGGCGCCUCGGACACCUUCGAGGGCUGGGUGGAUCUGGAGCCAGAAGGGAAAGUAUUUGUUGUAAUAACCCUAACAGGAAGUUUCACUGAAGCUACUCUCCAGAGAGACCGAAUCUUCAAACAUUUUACCAGGAAGCGCCAAAGGGCUAUGCGAAGGCGAGUCCACCAGAUCAAUGGACAUAAGUUCAUGGCCACAUACCUGAGACAGCCCACCUACUGCUCUCACUGCAGGGAGUUUAUCUGGGGUGUAUUUGGGAAACAGGGUUAUCAAUGCCAAGUGUGCACCUGUGUCGUCCACAAGCGCUGCCAUCAUCUAAUUGUUACAGCCUGCACCUGCCAAAACAAUAUUAACAAAGUGGAUGCAAAGAUUGCUGAGCAGAGGUUCGGAAUCAACAUCCCACACAAGUUCAGUGUCCACAACUACAAGGUGCCAACGUUCUGUGAUCACUGUGGCUCUCUGCUCUGGGGGAUAAUGCGACAAGGACUUCAGUGUAAAAUAUGUAAAAUGAAUGUACACAUUCGAUGUCAGGCGAACGUGGCCCCAAACUGUGGAGUGAAUGCGGCGGAGCUGGCCAAGACUCUGGCAGGAAUGGGCCUCCAACCCGGAAGUAUUUCUCCCACCUCGAAUCUUGUUUCCAGAUCAACCCUAAGACGACAAGGAAAGGAGAGCAUCAAAGAAGGAAAUGGCAUUGGGGUUAAUUCUUCCAACCGACUUGGGAUCAACAACUUUGAGUUCAUCCGAGUACUGGGGAAGGGCAGCUUUGGGAAGGUGAUGCUUGCAAGAAUAAAAGAAACAGGAGACCUCUAUGCCGUGAAGGUGCUAAAGAAGGACGUGAUCCUGCAAGAUGAUGAUGUGGAGUGCACCAUGACAGAGAAAAGGAUCCUGUCUUUGGCCCGCAAUCACCCCUUCCUCACUCAGUUGUUUUGCUGCUUUCAGACCCCUGAUCGUCUGUUUUUUGUGAUGGAGUUUGUGAACGGGGGCGACUUGAUGUUUCAUAUUCAGAAGUCACGUCGUUUUGAUGAGGCACGAGCUCGUUUCUAUGCUGCAGAAAUCAUUUCGGCGCUUAUGUUCCUACACGACAAAGGAAUCAUCUAUAGAGAUCUGAAACUGGACAACGUACUUUUGGACCACGAGGGUCACUGUAAACUGGCAGACUUUGGAAUGUGCAAGGAGGGGAUCUGUAACGGGGUCACCACGGCCACCUUCUGCGGCACACCCGACUACAUUGCUCCAGAGAUCCUCCAGGAGAUGCUGUAUGGGCCCGCAGUGGAUUGGUGGGCAAUGGGUGUGCUGCUCUACGAGAUGCUCUGUGGCCACGCGCCCUUUGAGGCAGAGAACGAAGAUGACCUCUUUGAAGCCAUACUGAACGAUGAAGUGGUCUACCCUACAUGGCUGCAUGAAGACGCCACAGGGAUCCUGAAAUCUUUCAUGACCAAGAACCCCACUAUGCGCUUGGGCAGCCCGAGUCAGGGUGGCGAGCAUGCCAUCUUGAGACAUCCUUUCUUUAAGGAAAUCGACUGGACCCAGCUGAACCAUCGCCAAGUAGAACCACCUUUCAGACCCAGAAUUAAAUCCCGAGAAGACGUCAGUAAUUUUGACCCCGACUUCAUAAAGGAAGAACCAGUUUUAACUCCAAUUGAUGAGGGACAUCUUCCUAUGAUUAACCAGGAUGAGUUUAGAAACUUUUCCUUUGUCUCUCCAGAAUUGCAUCCAUAGCCUUAUGGGGAAUGGGAGAGAUGGUAUGAGAAUCAAAAGGGGAUAGAGAUUUUCCAGGAAUUUCCUUUGCGGGGAACUUCUCAGCAUCAGCCUUAGAACAAGAAGCUUACCUUCAGGGAGCAGGUGGGGAACUCUGUGAAGGACGGAACGUCAAGAGAUCAACUACAGUAUUUCAAGUCCUGAGGGAGCCACGGUCCUGGAAACGGUUGAUACUGAAAUGAGAUUUCAUGAAGAAAUACACUGCUCAGCCUCUGAGUUUCCAUAGCUACUUGGGGUUUGGGAUAUUAACAGGAGCCAAAA